AUGGCAGCCGCCCCAAGUAUUUCUUCCUCUAAUCAAAAACGUUCAUAUUCCCCUUCAAUUAAAUCCCCACCACUUAUUUUACAUAAUCGUUCUGUAAGUAAUAGUCCAUCAUUGUUGGUAAAUGCCAAUAAAUUGCUUAGUGAUCGACCACAACUUAUUGACUGUCCUCGUUGUAAGGCUCAUGGCUAUACAGAAAUUAAAUUUGUUGCUGGAUUAUUCUCUUGGGUUUCAUUUUUGAUUAUUUUAAUUGCUGGAGUUUUUAUUCUUCCAUUAUUUUUUCUGUGGGUUCCAUUUAUUAUUGAGACAUUUAAAGAUGCUGAACAUAGAUGUCCAAAUUGUAAAUCACAUAUUGGAACAUUUAGAAGGAUGGGAAAAUAAA